UCAGCUCGGAGGAGGGCGCCAAAUAGGAAGAACGACAGACGUUUAGAAAGAGCUGCUAAUCACAACAAACCGGGUCCACGACAGGAUCCCCUCUCGUCUCCACGGUCCCUUAUGUACGACCCAUCGAGGCGGGACACCGCGUAGCCUGGAGGACCACGAAGGCUGAAAACAUGGAGGCAGACAGUGUGAGCAUAUGGCCACGCAUGGAACCCUUCUUACUGGGUGCCCUGCAGGUGGCUCCCUCCUCCAAGCUCAGCUUGCACUAUCUUCGCAAGAUGGCGAUCUACGUGCGGACACGGGACGGCUGCUUCCCCAUUUUGGGCUGGCCCAUGUGGAGGCAUAUUGCCUGUGGAAAGCUGCAGCUUCCGGAAGACCAUGCGUGGCUCUAUUUCGAGACCUUUGACCUGCUUAACGGCCACACGCCAGAGGAGAGGCUGGAGUGGGCGGAGUGUCUUUCCCAGUGCUCCUCCAAAGGUGAGCUGGAUCAACAAAGAAACAAGCUGUCUGUGGACACACUGCAGUUCCUCCUCUUCCUCUACAUCCAGCAGCUGAACCGCGCGUCUCUGCGCACCUCUCUGAUCGGUGAAGAGUGGCCCAGUCAUCGCACUCGCUGCCCCUCUCCAUCCGACCGGGAGGCCAAGACUAGCUCUCAGAACAAGAACUGGGAUGAUCAGGCUCACCUGUCAUUUGUGCAAAGCCAUCUCGCUGAGAUUCUGGAGCUGCUGGUGGAGCCCGGCCAGCUGUCACAAUCUGGACAGGCCCUCAGAGAUUGCCAGAUAUCCCUGGAGGCUGUGCGGAGCUUGGGCCUGCUCCUGGAGGGCUCGGUCUGCCACGGCAGAGCGGUUCAGCCCGUCCACAGGCUGCUCACCAAAGGUCCACUCCAGACACAGGCCGGCUACUCCCCACUCAGCCACUCCUUUCCCCUGCACCAGCUCCUCUCAUGUCUUCACCAAAGCCUCACGCUCAACCCCUUUGGGAUAACCGCCUGCCUGUGCUCUGGCAAGAAACUAGCCUGGGCUCAACAAGUGGAGGGAUCCAUGAAGAGAGCCAAAAUAGCCCGAAACACCCACACGGCUCCGCCUGGCAGUAAGAUUGUGCUGAUGUCGCAGGUCUUCAAACAGACGCUGGCUAAAACCUCAGACAAGCUGACUGGCGCCAACAUCAAAAUCCACAGAUGCUCGGAUGCCUUUAUAUACCUUCUCUCACCCCUCAGAUCAGUCAGUGUCGACAAAUGCCGAGACUGCACGGUGGUUCUGGGUCCUGUUGAGACCAGUGUCCACAUUCACAGCUGCCAAAACCUGCGGGUGGUGUGUGUGGCCGGCAGGAUCGCCGUCGGAGUCUCCUCGCGUUGCACCAUCCACGCCUUGACGCCCACCCGCCCCUUGCUCCUCCCCGGAAACGCGGACAUUACACUAGGGCCUUUCCACACAGUCUACCCCUCCCUGGAGGAUCACAUGGCCAGCGUGGGGCUGGCCGUGGUCCCCAAUGCCUGGGAUCGACCUUUGCUCCUGGGGAACGAGGGCCUCGUCAACCCCUCGCUCAACACGUCGUCCAACGCGGACCCCGCCUGCUACCGCCUGUUGCCCCCGGCCGAGUUUCACGCGCUGGUUGUGCCUUUCCAGACGGAGGGUGACACAUGCGAGGUGCCAGGGGGAUUGCCUCCUCCAUAUCAGGCGGCACUGGACGAAAAGCAGAGGAGGAUUCAAAACUGGCAGGAGACUGUGAUGGAGGCCCGGCUGAACAAGGAGCAGAAGCGCCAGUUCCAGGAGUUGGUGGAGGUCAAGUUCCACGAGUGGCUCCUGGAAACGGGGCAUAGGCAGGAACUGGACAGCCUUAUCCCGCCUGCGAUGGCAUCUUUAAGGGACUCCAGUGGGCCCGCCGCAGCCGAGACGCCCCGAGUUCCUGAUGCCAAGCCUACAGGGAACGGACGGGCAGUGAGACAGUCGCCGAUGGCUUGUUGAAUUGAGGCAGCGAGACGGUACGCACAAACAGGGCUGCAUGCGGUCUGACAUUUGGAGCGCCUCUAAAGUUGUUAACAAGCAGGCGAGUGUGUUCACCGCAAGUAUUAAUGCACGGCAUGUCACACCGUACUCUGGUAAGUCCGGAGCCGCUUACGUCCCACUCGUUCUCGAGUGGGAGGCUGCAAUGGGUCCGUCUUCAGAAAAAGGCAGCUAAGUCCUUCACGUGUCUACAGCUGAGUAGGGGGUGGAUCGCAUGUUGUCUCUUUUGAGGAGAGCUACAGACGCACAGAGUGCAGCAUCUUCAAAGUCACCUCAAGCUCUUAAAGGGACGGGGGAAAAAAAGUUUACAAUUAGAGCUUACUUAGGGUAUGUCAUUUUUUUUGGAGACAGAUCAAUCUGAUCUGAGGAGGACCAAGGCGCUGGACACCCGUCAGUCAUGUAGACGUGCCCUAAAAUGACGGUCUUUUGAAGCAUCAAUAGCUCUUAAAUGUAAUAAUGACUCACAGAACCUUUUUUUCUUUUUAUAUAAUUCUUUUGGAGUCAGCGUUUGGAGACCAUUAGCGGAGCUUGCACUUUCAGCACUUAUUGCAUCACAGGCACUCUGCUUUAGGGGAAGCUGUGAAAGCUUUGGCUCUCUUCCAUUAAACCCGCAGUGAUUGUCACCAUUUCUUCCCAAACUGUGCACAAAAAAAAUGUACGUCCAUUUAGAGAUGGAGAAUAUAGACGGUAAAUGACUGCAGCACGUUAGGACAUAUUAGUGCUCCUACAGUUACUAGCUCAGGUCAUAGUAUUUGUUGUGUGUUGAUAGAAAAUAAUAAAUGACAAUAAAGUGUUUUCCAGUAUAGGGGGACAGGAAGAACUAUUAACAUAAUUUAUUGUAGGUACAUGAUUGUGCCGUCCGAACUAUCAUAUUUUAUGAAGGUACAACAACACUUCUCCACUGCUCUGUCGAGCAACAUCGAUUUACUUUUUUCUGUAUGUCCGUUUGAAGAACUGCUGCUGUUGAAAUGCGUUUCUUUUUGUAUUAAUUCACUUGUAUGAAUAUGUAUAUUUUAGCAAUAUAGUAAGACUAUUUUUCAUAAAUCUACCUGCCCUCCUGAACCAUUUUUUAGCAUUUAACCUCCAAGUGUACUUCAGCCCAGUUAGCUUCCUGUUUCCAUCCUUCCACUCAGACAGACAUGAGACAAUCGACCUGCUGCAUGUGUAUUCAGGGCAUUUUGAUUGGUUGUUGAUAAAGAAAAUGUACUGUUAAAAUGCUAUCACACAACAGAAUAUUACUGUACCUUUUCAGAAAUGCUGGUAUGUGAUUUCACUGUAAAAUGCCUUACUGCUGGAAAACUUUGAUUUGAACACGCAUGCAACUCGAAGUAGUUACUAUACGAAGAGCACAGUAUAGUUGUCCAUUGUUAGAACAAUAAAAAUGAAUUAAAGUUUUGACUAAAA